GUUUUUUGUCUUUUCAUUUCGCUAUAAAAAGCGAUUUUCCCCAUUUGCUCGAUUUGCGGGAAAAAUCUUGUGAAGAGUUUUGGAUCUGCCUCAGAAAAUUUUCUGGGAGCACACAAAAAACUUUCCUCUCGUCUCUGGUUAAUGUUCAUCCCGAUUCUCUGCAUCUAAUCAGGGACGAGAAAAAGCCCUUUCUCCGUUUUCACGCUAUAUAAAAACAUCUAUUGCCCCAUUUUCGCAGUUGGAGGAAUGAUAGGUUUAUUAACUGAGAGCAGCAGCCACAUGGUGGUAAACGUGGAGGAACUGAUUCGACCGGUGCCAUUGCCGCCGGUUAACGAGGAGGUCGAGAAACCAGAGUCGACGGAGCCGUCGACGGUGGCCAAUGAUAAGGCGAUUGAUAUCUCCGAUGAUGAGAACGAGCCGCUCAUUGCUUCAGGGGAGUGCCGUAUUUGUCAGGACGAGUGCCCUAUCGAGAGUCUCGAGAGCCCUUGUUCUUGCAGUGGCAGCCUAAAGUAUGCUCACAGAAAAUGUGUUCAACGUUGGUGCAAUGAAAAGGGCAACAUCAUAUGCGAGAUUUGUCACCAGCCUUACCAACCCGGAUACACUGCUCCACCACCUCCACUUCAGCCUGAAGAAACAACUAUUGACAUUGGUGGAGGAUGGACAAUCUCAGGUUUGGAUCUGCAUGAUCCUCGCCUUCUUGCCAUCGCAGAAGCUGAGCGUCGGUAUUUAGAAUCUGAAUAUGUGGAGUAUACAGCUUCAAGUGCCAGUGGAGCUGCAUUUUGUCGCUCUGCUGCUUUAAUAUUAAUGGCUCUUCUUCUCUUACGACAUGCACUUAACAUAACAAGCGAUGCUGAUGGAGAAGAAGAUGACCCGUCUUCGAUACUAUCUCUCGUCUUGCUCCGAGCUGCUGGUUUUCUUCUUCCUUGCUAUAUCAUGGCUUGGGCCAUUAGUAUCCUACAGCGCCGAAGACAAAGACAGGAAGCUGCAGCUUUGGCUACACAGUUUGCAUUGGUGCUUCAGUCAGGUCAACCUAGAACAGUUCACUUCACGGUUGCACCGGGACCACCAUCACCCUCCAUGGCCACUGCAACUACAUCUACACAACAACAACAUGAAGAUCCCGUCUGAAUCUUCUGACUCAUAAACCAUACAAGGUACGAGGUGAAUCGAAUGAAGAGUUGAUGAAUGAGUAAAGGAGUAACCAUUUGAUGUCUUCGGAAGUUUAGAUCUCAUUCCAAAUGAUCCCUUCAUUUUUAUCUGUAACCAAAAAUGUCUAUAGUUUUUAUGUUUCUUGCAAUAGUUCACAAAUUGGUAAAUUCUGUUUUUAUACUAUCUCCCGAGAUUGUCUCGAAAUUUCACUGUUUUAAUACCCAAGAGAAGAUUCUUCUUUCUUGUUCGGAGCCUGAAGGAGAACAUAAGAGAACAUAAGAGAACGAGUAAGUGUAAAUUAUUUGACUCCGUUGUAUUUAUAUGAUUACAGAAGAUUAUAUGACUUAAACAAACAAAAUAGUACUAUGAACAUAGUUAGUGUAUGAUACAAUAUCAAA